UGAAGUCGGUCGAGUUACACGUGUUAACUUAAAAUGCAGCCUUGUUCAUCGUAGAAGAAAUGGGGCUGCUAAGUUCUGCCUACCAGACAAGCGAGAAUAAUUAUUGCGGCCCUUUUCAACAUUUCCCUCAGUAGCCUAAGUACCACUUGACUCGGGUUACGGCGAACGACAGAAUUCCUUCCUUGUGUGAGAAGGAAAAUUUGCAUAAAAAAGCAAGCGCAGCUUUUGAGAAAUAUUCAUUAUGACGAUACAAUGUUGUCACAAUUAAUUAAAUGUAUCGGGAAAAACUGCAGGGUGAAGGACCUAUUCGGUCAACGCGCAUUUUAAGUAUAAAAAAGUAUAAUGCAUAUUGCAUACGUUUAAGUAGUAAAGAUGAAUUUACAAAGGAAAGUUACAGAUGUUGGUUAAGAGUGAGGUAGGAUCUAGUACUUUUGGAAAAGUAAAAUAACUUGCAAAACCAAGGCCUCAACCGAUCGAACAUUCAAAAACGUUCCAAACAUGCGUGAUCGAAGAGCUAUAGGGUACGUCCUAUACAGAGAUGAGAUAACUGAACGCAUGUCGUGGUACUAAUAACAAAAGACGUAUAUCUACAUCACUAUUGAUCUAAAUUUUCCUCCUUAGCGGCAUGUACUAAAAUGACCUUUCGUUCAGCGCCAUUUGAACUGCUUGUCCGAUAAAAGUGACGUACGCAGUACGUUAAAACUGACCGAAGAUAACAAAGAUAUAGAUUCCAAAUCAGGAUUGAUAAUAAAACGCCGGCAAUGAUAUAUGGAGAAACAAGCAUCACAGUAGCCAUUCAUUAAAAAAAAAAAAAGAGUUUGAGUGGAAAUCCCCGAGGAUAUUUUUUUGUGCAAACUUCGAAUGAAAAUAAUGAGGGCGUUGAAGGUGGUCCUCAUCAUGCUGGCUAUCAUUCCAGGUAGUCACCAGGCAGAAACGCUUUAUUUUGUACCAGCUAGCUUCUUGAAUUUGACCGUUCCAGCUGAUGCUAAGGUUAGGGAGCCUGUGACCCUUCAAGUUUCAUUGCAGCAGUCGCUCAACACCAUAGGACCACAUUUUUUGAGUGUAACUCUGGACACCCAUCUUGUGCAAACCAACUGGUCAACGUUUGACUUGAAGAUCCACAAAAGUGAAAAACCUUGCUCAUGCUCUGUCACCAAGUUAUCUCAGGCUUGGAGGCACAAUGGCAGAUUCCUUGUAUUUUCAGUCAGGUAUCUCUCAGUCUUCGCAUGAAGUGGAAGAAAAAAAUGUGGGCAUUACAAAUCGUCCACAAUUUAAUAUGACAGCCGAACAGUUUGAUGACAUUAACUUGUUUGCUUGCACGGUUGGCUGGGAUUUUAUCAUGGACCUGAAUGUACUCACUCGUUUCCCAAAUGACUCUUGGAAUCCUUCCAAUGCUCGGGAGCUUCUUCGUUAUGGAUCAGAGAAAAACUAUUCCAUUGUUGGUUUUCAGCUUGGAAAUGAGUAUGAUCUCUUCCCUGAUCACGACAACUACACCCUAUCUCCAAGUCAGCUGGCAAAGGAUGUUUUCACUUUGAGCAACUUACUGACAGAGUUUUCUUUGUACUCUAGUUCUUUCAUUGUUGGUCCAGAGACAGCAACAAACAGAGAAUUUUUUCCAGAGUUUUCUUGCUGAUGGUGGAGCUGCAGUGGUGAAGGCCAGUAGCCUGCAUCAGUACUACAUGGGUGGACACAAUGCUGUUCUUAAGGAUUACAUUGAUGUUGCUGUGAUGAAUCGACUUGUGCCCUUUCUGCAGUCUGCAUUGUCCCAGACCCGUUCUGUGCUCCCAGGUCUUCCACUGUGGUUAACCGAGACCUCUUCAUCAUCUUCUGGAGGAACGCCGAAUGUAGCUGACAGAUUUGUGGCAGGGUUUUUAUGGCUUGACAAACUUGGUGUGUCAUCUACUAUGGGUGUAGAAGCAGUCUUUCGUCAGGAUUUCUAUGGUAGUAAUUAUGGGUUACUUGACUCACAUCUUAAUCCAAAUCCAGACUACUGGUUGACACUCCUGUUCAAGCGCCUUGUCCGUGGUCCAGUGUUCAAUGUCACAGGAGCCAGUGAUGUGAGAGUGUAUGCAGCAUGUGCCAAUCCAGACAGCUUCAGCCUAGGAGCACUGGUAAUCUACUUGCUGAACCCCAACAACUACUUUGUGCCUGUUAAUCUGUCCCAGUUUCCUGACCAAGUGUAUCUCUUAUACAUUCUGACAGCAGGGGACAGUGAUGGUCUUUCGUUCAAAGUUCUCGGCACUGAAUGGAGUGAAGCUGCAGUUGAAUGGAAAUGACCUGCCUGAUUUACCCGCUGUGAUUCAGAAGCAAGGCCCAGUUAUAAUUCCACCAUAUUCUUUUGGCUUUGUGGUAUUACCUGAUGCUGCUGUGACACUUUGCCGUGAUCUUUAAAAUUUGGUGAUAAUUCUGUUUUACAUUCUCGAAAUUCAUGACAUGUUUUAUAGCCCUUUUGGUACAAGAUAAUCUAUUUUCCUCUCUAUGCAUCAUUAGAAAUGACACAGCACUUUCCACCUGACAACAGAUUAUUUCAGCGCAUUUUACGUUGUUGUAAAGUGUUUUGAAAU